AUGAAGUCUGUCGCUCUGCUUCGGUCUGUCUCCCGACUUGCGAGCAAAGCUGUGAGAGUGAACCUCGCUUGUCCUUUCAAUGUCACUCCUGAACUAUCCCAAGCACUGGCUAGAGAGAUCGAGGCGGAACAACAGCUAUCUCAAGAAAACCUUGGCGGAUCUGCUGCGCCUUCUUUCCCAGGUUUCAAGCUAACAACUAAGGAAGCAGAAGUACGCCUAACGAAGGAACAUGGAAAGGAAAGCAUUCUCGUUGUCUUCAACGUCAACCAUUCUGUAGAUAUGGAUGAAGGAUACGAAGAUGAAUUUCAGGCCGCUCCUGUGCCUGUUGCAUUGCCUCCAUUCACUGUUGAAAUUACUAAGGGAGACGAACGUCUGUGUUUCCACUUAGAACUCGUGGAAAGCGUUGACGUGCAAGGAGAAUAUGAUUUCCGGGUAGAGGAGUUCUACGUAGCACCAGCUGUCAAAGACGGUAACGAGGAUGUAGCUCCAGAAGUCUAUGCGAGCAGUGGCAAAUACAUAGACCCUGACUUGCACGAUUUGCUAUUUGUUCGUUACUUGGAAGAACGUGGGUUCGAUGCUCAGUUCUGCAAGACUCUCGUCGCCUAUGCUACGCAUUAUGAGCACUCGCAGUACGUGGGUCUACUCAAUAGGAUCAAAGCGUUCGUGUCGAAAUAG